GUCCCUGGUAAUUAAAAAAUUCCAAACAGGAGACAAGAACCACUACUUCCCCCAAAGAGGGCAUCGCGAGCGGAAACCUCUUUUUUCUUCUUGCUUCUUUCUUCUUGACCAUCUGUCGCUGUUGACUGCCCGUCAUACGCUGAGUCCUAACCAAAAACCCCUCAACGAAAAAAACAACAUCUUGACUGACAAUGAGUAUUGACUGGUAAACUGGAAUUGUUGGAUAUUUGUUAGUCAUUUGUAAAUUACCAUAGUUCCCUCUUUGGGCUGUAUUUUCACGCCAGGGAGUCAUGUCGGAAGAUGAUUUUUCCUAUAGGCCCUCAGGGCCCUAUCGCCCGAACGAUCGGGCGAGUAAAGCACCAGACUUGUCCGUAGGUCCGGAUGGCAUGGACCCGGUUACUACGCUACCGAGGAUCAUAAAUUUUCUAUCCGACGAAGAUAUCUACCGCCACGGGCAAUGGAGACCGAGAUUCGAGUUGAUUAGCGGAUAUGUUAAGAAAUGCGAAGAAGCACGUCUACGAGGAGACCUGGGUUAUGAGGAUCCCCAUACGGUUGGGUUACUGAAGGAUGCGCUUAUUCUUGUACAAACACAUGAGGAUUUCCAUAAAUUCAAGUCUGUCAAAUCGCCAUGGUCACACGACACAAUACAGGGCAAAUUUGUCUCAGAUCGCCUACCGAACUACCCAAGUUCUCACAUUCAACCGAAGCUUGGUAGAGCGCGAUACACACGCAAGCAGUAUCCUGCUAGUCAUGGGCACCGCACCUACGGGUACGCAAAGCCAUUUCCGAAUAUAACUAGGGGAGGAUCGAAGGUGGUUGAUUACUACCAAACUUGCGAAGAGCUAUUCUUCGAGAAGGCAGUGGGUAUUAAAAAUCCUGCCUUUUUGAAGCUCGUCAAUGGGUUUCAGCUUGACAACGACGAGUAUGAACGCUGCAUGUGGAGUGGAAUCUCGGAAACAAUACACUCAGUUCCAGAAUGGCCCGCCGACAACAUCCCUGAUAUCUCUAUAGAUGGGAAGGGUUCGCAGGGCUUGAAGAGUUUCUGCGUAGCGCGAGGGUGGCGACGAGCUGCUCUUCAGCAGUGCUUGAACGUAUUCGAUAGUUACGAAAAUAGAGUCGUCAACACCCCAUGGCGUCGAGUGGUUCUUCCCCGUCAGGGAGCCUGCCCAACUGUGAACGAUAUAAUUUAUUACCCCAGAGCACUCGCACCAGACGUCUUAACCGAUGCUCAUAAGGAUCCUUUCCGUUGGACCUACGAGUACAGUCAGUUUAGGGAUCUAAGAGAGAACAUGGCUGGCUGGGAGCGUCGUCGCUACAACGGAGACCACUGGGAUAAUUUUACCAGGUCUGCCUUGCCCAUGAAUUAUCUCGGACCCUUCGUUUAUCGGGGUCUUUCGAUCUACGACGAUUACUGGCUCAAGAUGGGUGCAUACCUAAAGCGAUUACGAAAGCUUAUGGAAGUCGCCCUCUCAAAGGCCCCUCGACCACUUCUAUUAGCUGUCAUGAGAGAUAUCCAAUCUGGAAUUGACUGGAAGCCUGAUCCGGAAGCUGGGGACACUUCUAAGAAUUGGCGUCCUGAUGGCGCCGAGACAGCUAGGCAAGCCCGAAAAGAUAUCAUGAGACGCAGGGAUGUCGACUACAUUUACGACGAGUACCUGAAUAAAUGGGUUCCCAUGUAUACCGAUGAAAAUGACGCUGCAUGGCUAACCUUCCUCUGCCAGCCUUCCCGCACCCGUCAAAUGUGUGAUCCUAAAGUAAGUCCAGAGAAUAACUUGGCCUUACUCUUCGACUCUCGUCUUCAGGAUUUCCUAAAUGAUUCAGCGGCUACUGGGCACGCGAAAUUAGAUGGGUUAGACCUUUAUGACAUUGAUGCGGUUGAGUAUUUCCGUCGCAAAGAUGAAACGGUCCCAUCUCUUCAAGAGGCGCUGGAUUAUAUCAACGGCAGCAAAGGUGCUCCUGGAUAUCACGCGAACGACACUUAUAAGUUCACGCUUCAAGAAGCUAAUAUUUUCCUCGGAAGAUCUACAGAGUUAGGUCGAUGCAGCUACCAGCCAACUGUCCAAUUGAACAGCCAGGGGGAGCCAUUCCUAGAGAGAGACUCAAAGUACCAACCACCAAACAUUAGUGAAACAAUAAGGGCAGUAAUCGAGAAGAAGGGUAAAGUUAUCAUUAGACCAGAUUACGAAUUCCACCCUGAGCACCGCGUCAUUUGGCGCCACAACAGUACGAAGGAAUUCUUGGCUGAGCAAGAGUCAUACCGAGAAACCAGAGCAAAUGCUCUAGUUGAAGCAUAUGGCCUCGACCAUGAAAAAGACAAGAGCUCAGGCCAUACAGCAGAAAAUUACGAGCACUUCCUCGAUCACGUCGGUGAACCAAAUCUACGACACUGGGUAGCAAAUCUCGAGCUACCCAUAAAACCCAAUGGCACGGAGAUGAGUCAAUUGAAAUCAUUCAUACUGCCAGAAACCACCAUGAUACCGGGUGAAUAUCCCGAGGAGAGUAUAGAAGCAGGGCGUCAGGCGCCCAGCUGGUCGGACGUACUCGAUUGGGACUACUUUAGCACGUCGCCUGAGACCGAGGAAGAUGUCAGAGUCCCAGUUCCGGAGAGAACAGCUCAGUUCUUCCGCAACCUUGCUUUCCGAAUGGGUCGCACAAUAGCACAUUCAGAUGAGAUUGCGAACCGCCUUCGGUUCAAAAAACCUCAGGCCGGCGAGAAUUUCUGGAAACCGAUUUCUCGAAAGGAGUUUCACAAAGAAUUUCAGCAUUGGUGGAAAACUUUACUCUACGGCACUGGUCAGGUGGAAUUUAAGGGACCUAAACUCCAAAGUGUUGUUGAUAAAGUAGACUCUAAGGGGAUCAUGGAAGCAAUGUACCCUCUCUACAGUGCCUCGAAACUCAUCCGAGAAGGAAUUAUCGAGGAAUGCGUUAAAAAUCGCAAUACGCUGUAUCCUGGCCGCCUUACGGCUCUAAAGGACGUAUCUGGCUUACCUGGUUAUUACACGAGUGAAGGUGAGGAAGCACCGAAGCCAUAUCUUCAAGCCUACAGGAGGCCAAGUCUCUUCAAAUGGGCCACUAAAGAAGAGAGGCGGUUCCAGGCUAAGUUCACUCGGAGAAGUUACUUCGAUAUGAGACGCUGGCCGCUCUUUAGCCAAACAAAGGAGCGGCAGGACGAAAUCAAGCUUCGAAAAGAUGAGGUUAGAAGAAGAGACCCGAGACAGCCCGAUCAGGAAUUCGGUAUUUUAACGCGCAGAAUACCUACGGCUAAGGAGAAGUUCUACGACUACGGCCUCUUGUACCCGGAAUCUCGCGGGCCGAAGCCUCAUGAAGGUAUUCUCCCGGGACUCCCUGUACAAGACGGACCAAUGGACUUAGGCGAGGGUCCCGUUGAAUACGAAGGCUUUGAUUGGAACAAUCCUGGAAAACAGCAGACAACGGAAACGGCUCCUGAGACAGGCACAAAGACGAAUGCUCCUAGCGAUCGUCCGAGGAGGAUAAAGAGUCGGAAAACCACAAAGAAUCUGAAUCAGACAAAGCCUUCUCCGACUACAAAGCCCUCAAAUAAGACAAGUACCCCAGAGUCCCCAGCCGAACCAGAGAAACCUAAGAAGAAUCAAACCAUUAUUCAACCUAUCAACAUCUCUAGCGAAUCUACUGACGACGAAAUGACUACUGACUGGUCUAAGAGUAAGCCCGGCCUGGUGCCGAUGGUCGAUACUGGCGAUCGAUUCGUACCAGGACCGGCUCUUUUCCCUAUGGCUGAAACCGUGUUACAGCAACUUUUGAUGAGCCAACAGCUCGAACUCGCACUUUACCCUCCACCAGAGAGGGGCUGGAUUGGCUCUGCAGUUGACCUAUACAAAAGCUUAACUACAGUCCCCGAGCGCCGUAUCCCGCUAUUGCCAACUACCCGGGACUAUGAAACGCCACACAGCAACCCUAAGAAGCGAAAGAUCCCGGCUGACUUCAUCCUCGCUCCCAUCCCACCCGCCGCCAAGAAGCCUGCCAUUGAGGUAAUACCAGACUCGGAUUCGGAGGUAGCUAUUACCAAGGUGCCCAAGGAUAAGAAGAAGAAGAUCACGUGGAAGGACCAAGCAAAGAUUCCUUCGAAAAUCACAAAGGAGAAAGAGGAAGCGUUGGUGAAGGCAGAACAGGCGCGUAAGGACGAGGCCAAGAAAGCGAGAGAAGAAAGAAAGGCUGAAGCGGAGGCUAAGAAGAAGGCAGAGGCAGAGAAGAAGGCAGAGGCAGAGAAGAAGGAUGACCCGAAGAUCGAGGCCGGCCCUGUAAUCGGACUGUCGGCAGAGGAAUUGAUGGAGAAACUAAUCCAGGAAGUUCCAGCUGAUAAAGAGAAAGAAGUUGCUCUCACGCCCGAGGAAGAGACUGAUCUGCAAGAGGCCAAGAUGCGAGCUAUUCUGAAGCAGACGUUCCCGAUCUCAUGGGGAGUACAAGGUGAUUACUUGAUGGGUCUUCCGGGUAUCAUCAACGUCAUCUGCGCCUCCAUCAAGUACCAGGACAAAUCUCCGGAUGGUGACCGAUGGCACCCAACGCCGACGCUGUUCCACACGCUAUUCCGACACCCUGGCUGUCAACCACCUCCAGAGAUCGGCAAGGAUAUCUCGGCUAAGGACGUGAGGAUAUCGUUAUACCAGGCUCAGGCCGUGCUGAACUACUGGUACAAGCGAGGUGGAAGGGCUGUCAAGUUGGGUCUUGUUUUCUUAGACACAACUAGACAGGGAGACAUCCAUCCUGUCUCCAUGCCGCACGAAGCAGAGCAAGAUGGUGAGGAUCCCUGGAUCGUCUGGAUCUUUGUCGCGACCGAUUCAUUCAUCGCUAUCACACCUGCUGUUCCCGCUACGCUGGACCCGAAUCUCAUCUCUGAGUACGCUCCGCGUCCUAACGCCAAAUACCCCAACCCUCCCAAGUAAAUAAAUGCAGGUGGCAACACACAGUAAGAAGUGGUGCGAACUCGCCUAGGGGACGUCGUUAUGUCGGGAGGUUAUUCAUGUAACGAGCAUUGUAUUUCUUCCAUAUGCUACUUUCUUUUGUCUUCUUUUCCUUUGUAUUGCAUUGUUUGUUUAUUGUUAUGUUUUGCUGUUUAGUCGACCCGAUUUUUGUUUGUAACUCUGCGCGAGAAGGAUUGUGGUCUUCGGGAAUAGUCUUUAUGAAAGACCUUUUUAAUCGAUGACUUCCUUUAGCGGGGGUUA